UCCUACAUGGACAUAGUGCCAGUGCUGAGCCUUCCCUGCAUGCAGAGUUAUGGGGUGCAGAGAGGAUCCUUGGAGACCACAGUGAUCUACCAGCUGCUGACUGAUUCUUCUCCCUGGGCUGAGGGCACAUCUGCUGCAGGGCAUGGAUGCCAGCUCGCAGUGAAGAGCCUGUAUGCUGCUUCAUCAGCCCAUUGGGGACUAUGGACGAGGUCUGCUGUAAGUAACCCAUGCAGCUGCUUUUUGGAGAAUUGCACUGACCCUGGACUGCACCCAUGAGUUCCCCAAUGCCCUUUAAUACUUGAAUGAUCGCCUGUCCUGAUCGUUUGUGCCAGUCUAAUAUAUUCUGAAUCUUCUCAUCAUUGUGCAUUGCUAAUACAAGGACUGGGGACUACUACUCCAUGGAGAGCUGCAGCUAGACGCCCCUACACCCUCUGCACAUCCCUAUUUAUAGAGCCAGAGCCAGGAGAAGGACUUGGACGGAAGUGCCGCCACCAUGAGCCUGGUUGGAGGCUUCCCCCACCACCCAGUGGUCCACCAUGAUGGUUACCCCUUUGCCGCUGCUGCAGCUGCCGCCGCCAGCCGCUGCCAUGAAGACAACCCUUACUUCCACGGCUGGCUUAUCAGUCACCCCGAAAUGUCUCCCCCCGACUACAGCAUGGCACCGUCCUAUAGUCCGGAGUACGCCAAUGGUGCGGCUGGCCUGGACCACUCCCAUUACGGGGGUGUCCCGGGAAGCGGGGCCGGAGGUUUAAUGCAAAGGCCUGUGAAACGGAGGGGGACUGCAAACCGCAAGGAGAGGCGCAGGACUCAGAGCAUCAACAGCGCCUUCGCCGAGCUGCGGGAGUGCAUCCCCAAUGUGCCGGCCGACACCAAGCUCUCCAAGAUCAAGACAUUGCGCCUGGCCACCAGCUACAUUGCCUACCUCAUGGACCUGCUGGACAAGGACGACCAGAUCGGGGAGACCGAGGCCUUCAAAGCCGAGAUCAAGAAGACAGAUGUCAAGGAGGAGAAGAGGAAGAAGGAACUGAAUGAACUUUUGAAAAACACAGUUACUAGCAACGACAAGAAAACUAAAGGAAGGACUGGCUGGCCCCAGCAUGUAUGGGCCCUGGAACUUAAGCAAUGAUCCUGUGAAGUGCAGGACUGAAGGAAGACUAUAAAUAGACAAUAAAGUAUGUAUGGAAUGGUCCAGUUUAUUUAUGUGCAAUCCCCCUUCCCUCCUCAAUGCACCCCUCAAUGGAUCUGUGCAGAGAAGCAUUCCAUUAUAUGAAGAGGAAUAAUCUACAGGUUGGUAAUAGCAGGGGGCCCUGUAGGUCAUGUAUGACAGUCUGGACAUACAACACAUGACUCCCUGGUGCCUAUGUAUGUUUGUCUGUGAAGUGUACGUGCCCCAUGGGAUUAUUAGAAAUGAAUAUACCGACAGGAUGUGCCUUCUUCCUUGGGUAUGUUAACCGUGUCAGUGCCAGGGUGGCCUGCGCCUGGCUGCAGUGCAGUGUGUGCUGUGGGCCCUCUGACAACACAGAAGACACCAUUGUAACCUUGUUGUCAGAGUCGUUCUCCGUUGUGUUGUCCUUGUGCUUGUGUAACAUUUGAAGGUGUUCCAUCUAUUUGUUAUUGUGCACUUCUGUCCAGAAAUGUGGAAUAUAAUUAAUAUUUGAAGGUGUAAAAUGUUGUAAAGUGAUCAAUAAACCACUGAGUGUC